AAGAACGCACAGAAAAAAACAUGGCCGGCGUCUUCGACUCUGACCGCGCUGGAGAGAGAGAGAGUGCUGCACAUGUAAUGGUGACAGCAACGGCGGGGAAGAGCCCGACACUUCGAUCCGGCUGGUUCUUCAGCUUCAGAAGCGGCCACUACAACGCCACCAUCCCUGCGGCAUAAUCAGCCAUAGCCAGCUGCAGCCGGUAAGGGCCAACAAUCAGUUGGUACAUAGACUCCAAAUAACCGAGAUCACCAUCCCACCACCUCCCGGGGCGUCCACAUCGAGAGCGGCAGCGAUGGCAGAGGGAUCACAAGAUGAAUUUGGGUCGCUCUUCGAAGGCAUGGUCCUUCUCACUCCUCAAUUCCAAUCCAAUGACGUCGACGACCACCCAACUCCUCCUUCUCCUCCCGCUCAUCCCCAACUCUCUCCUUCCGUUCCCCGUUCCUCAUCCUCUCUGAAUCGUCAAACGAGCGGGCCACUUGAUGAGAACCUCUUCUCGGACCUCACGCUUAUGCCCGCGCCCACCCUCAUUCAACAAGUGCCCCUGGAAUCCGAUGCCCAUAAUCCUCCUUUGGUUCACAAAUCGACUUCCGCAGUGGCCUCUACGCCGACCACCGCCGGCGGUACCAGGAGGAAAAAGCGGGGAGGCGUCAGGAUCGGAUAUGCCCGCGAGUCGUCCUUCACUUCCGUUCAUCUAGAUCCCCAUCCUACCCCCUCCGCUGAUCAUUCUUCCUCUCUUGCUGAUGUUGCUGCUGCAGCGGCGGCGGUGGCGGUGGCGGUGGCGCAGGUGCCGGCUUCUAUGUCCUCCGAAGUCUCCUCUUCUACUCCUCCCGCGCCACUUGAGAGUCUCCAAAACGUUGAUUCAGAUGGAGAAGCUCCCGAUUCUGCCCCGGUUCCUUCGGUGUCCGACCAUCAUGAGACGGAGGUAACUACCCAAGGGGAGACCGAGGUGAUUGUGGAAAAAGACGCCUCCAAAUCGGUUCCUGAUGAUGGUACCAUUUCAGAACGAGCAGUAGAAGAAACAGGAGCAGAAGAAACAGCAGAAGAAAGCGGAGGGGGAAGAUCCUCGCCGUCUGAUGACGCUGCGUCAUUCGGACAGGACCCCGGCUUCUUUGAGGCCAAAUUGGAGUCGAUCAAGGUAACGAUAGCUGACAGUCUCGAGCGCGUGGGCGUCUCGGCAGCUUCAGCAGCCGCUGAACGGAAAGAGGCGGCUCGAAGGAGAAGGAAGGCCGUCCAUGACGUCGUCGUCGCAACCAGCAAGCACAUGGAAUUGGAAAAGGAGCUAGAAGAGGCUUGCGAGAAGGAGGAAUUCGAGAGGGCUGAGAGGGUGAGUGAGAGCUUGGCCGUUGCCGAAAGGGAGAGGCAAUGUUGCCUGGAUGUGCUGAGGGAGGUCGAAGCCCAAUGCGACGCCAUGUAUCUGAAGCUGCAGCACGCUUUGGAGUUGCAGAUUUCCGCCGAGGAGGAAGGAGUUUCCCUGCUCGAACAGUUCGCAGAGGACACUGCAGUUACCUCUGAUGCAGCUAGGAAGGAUGCCCAUCUGGUUUACUCGAAUGAUAUGGAAGAUUGGCUUUCUUCCAAGGAGCAGUUAGAGGUGAAGAAAAUGGAAAUUGAGAUCGAGACGCACUUGAUAGACGAUGCAUGUUCUUCACUGAAUAGUUCUAUUGACUGUUUGAUUGAGGAUGACAAUAAAGAGAAAGAAGUUUUAUGCAGAAAGCGAGCAGAGCUUGUGGAGGAGUUGGAGAAACUACUUGCUUUGGUAAGAACUAAAGAAGCAGAGAUUGCUGAAUGUGAUGCUGUAAUCCAGGUGGUGAACAAAAGAAUCGAUGAUGUGGUCUCUGGGUUUCAUCAGUCACAGUCUGACAUUGAUAGGAAAGAAGACAAACUGAAAUCUGCGUUGCACAGGAUUACAUCAGAAAUUGAAGCACUAGAAAUAAAAAAACAGGACGUUGAUCAGUUCCUGUCAGUGGCUGAGGAGAAAACAUCGAAGCUUAAUGCAAUAGCAACCCUUGCUAAAGAAGAAGCAAGGGCACGAUCUGAUCUGUUGCAUAUGAGGAAAUCUCUUUCAUCGUCUGUGUUGAAGUCCAGUGCAGAAAAGUCCAGGCUUGUCAAGACUGAAGAAAUAAUUGUGGAGCAGGUAGAUGCACUCAGACAAGAGAUUUCUGCUGCACGAACCUCUCUUCAGGAAUUAUCCUCGAAGAGAGCAACCAUCCAACAGGAGGUAGCCUCGUCCAAGCUAAGGAUAAAUUUCAUCAACAGAAGGGGCCCAGAGCUUGAGGCCGAAAAGAAAGUCGCUGCUGCUGCAAGAAAUUUCAAGGAAGCAGGACGAAUAGCUGCUGAGUCAAAGGCGCUGAGCUUAGAGAAGGAAAACCUCCAGAAAAAGAUAGAUGAUGCUGCUUUAGAAUUGAAGGAAGCAGAGGAAGAAAUUGAGCAAACGACAAGGAAAUUGCGGGAGACUGAAGAGACUGUGCUCUGCAAGGAAAAAGAGGCGGCACUUGCAAGGUGCAAGAGGCUCAGAUUGGUCGCUGCAGAGGCAAUGGCUGAGAGGUAUUCUGCACUUGAGAUGGGUGAUCUCGACGAAGCCGGGAGUUUACUUUCGGAGGCUGAAGAUGCUGACUCUGAAGCAUCGAAGCUGCAGCUGUCAUAUAACUUCGAGGGCGAGGAGUUUGAAAAGUUGGAUAAGAAGCUUAUUUCUGUCGAAGUCAUCACCAAACUUUCUGGUGAACAGUUAGCAAAGGUUGCUGCUUCUCACCUUUCUGCCAUGUGAAUUCAGUAUUCUAGCCGUCUGGCUCUGUCUGUAUGGUGUCUGUUGUUUUGAUUGGGAAAGCCACAGAUUCGUGGGUGAGUCCUUAAUUGCAAGGGAAGCUCGAUCUUUCUUAUGUUUUUUUCUUCUUCCUUUUAUUUCUGUUGGUUUUCCAUGUAAUAGUGGGUCUGAGUAUUGAUUUUUUACUUGGUAAAAUAAUAUUUUGAUUCCAUUUUCAA